GGUUUUACAGUUAUUGGCGCGAUCCAAAGUUUUUUUUAUUGCGAAAUUCUGCAUUAUCAUUGCUAAUUUUUCUCUAGUUUGUCGUUAACUGCGCGUUUAAUAUUACGCAACAUGUCGGAGAAAGAAGAAGAAUCGAUUGCCUAUCUCACGGAGAAGGGCAUUUUUCCAAGGUUACUGGAGAUACUGAAGCAAAUGGUGGAAACCGAUCCCAUGCCAGCGGAUCCUCUUAUGUAUAUUUUACAUUUACUGGGCUGUCCGCUGAUUCCACAGGCCCAAAUGAAGACCUUGGAGCGAAAAGUGUCUCGUGCCCACGAAGAACUGCGCUAUUUGCGACGCGUCAUCAUCGAUUUGGAUGGCGAUGACCAGCUCUACGACAGCGAAAGCGAUGUGGAGGAAUAUGUGGGCGAUGUGGAGGACACCAGUUUGUCCGCCACCGAAAUUUCCCUGGCGGAAAGCUCUGAAUGCCCAGCAGAAGACUCCUCGCAACUGGAAUUUCUAGCCCAGUCCUCCAGUUCAUCAUCCAAGGAUUCGGAUUCCUCCCAUCAAUAGAUCCUACAAGUUCAUAUCACGUUUCACAUCAGUCGCUGAGCCUCUCAUUAUGUAAAUUAUACAUACAUACAUAUCUUUGGCAACUGCAUGUGAGUUUCUUUGUUUCAUUUAUUGCUUUGUGAGAUCAUCUAUUGAAUUUUUUUUAUCAAAUAAUAAUGAUAUUCUGUAACUUGUAGAGGAACUACCUCUAUUAUAUUUGAAGUAUGGAAAACUGAACUCGUCAAGAUUAAAGUAUCGAAACAUUGACUUAAUA